AUGGCGUCCGAUAAUGAUCUUGACAAUUUCUUCAAAAAGAAGGAUCGUAAAGCAAAUAAACACAAAAAACAAGCUGGAUUAUUAACCAAUAACGAAGAAUUAUUCAAACAAUUAGUCAUCGUUACAGAAGCAACAACAUUGUUCAAAGAAACUAUGGAUUUAGAUGAUGAUGCUCUUGACCAACAGGUACUCAAUGAAGAUAUUACAGUGGGAACGGGAUACACUGAAGAUGCUCCUAAACAUCAUAAAACCAAACUUCCAGACACGAAUAAACAUUCAUACGAACAAAAGGGUACUACGCUUUCGAAGACGACAGAUGGACAACAACAACAGCAGCAACAACAACAAGACGAAUGGGAAGAAUUCGAAGCAUCAAAAUCGAAAAUAGAAGAAUUACGCUUAAAAAUUAACGGUGGUAGAGAUGCUGAUGAAAGUGAUAAGGAUGACAAUGAUUAUGAUGAAGAUAAUCCGAAUAACAAUGAUAACGAUGCGGCCGCUAAUCGUGAAAAACAGAAAGAUCGACCCGUUUGGAGAAUCAAUGAUACUAAAGUAGAAGAACGACAACAACAGCAACCAGAGCCAGUGGUUGAACAGAAAAUUGAAGAACCAAAGCCGGCACAACCGUCAACUGGUGCAUAUCGUCCACCACAACUGCGUGGUGGCUCAUCCAUUACAGUUGUUGGUGGUGUAAAUUCACGAGUUACAAAAAAGAAAGAACCAAAUCUCGCUUCAGCUGACGAGUUUCCAACGCUUAAAUCAACUGCGAAUAAAAAAUAA